GCCUUUGGACCUGGGCCAUCCCCAACCACCGUUACAAUGGCAUCAAAUAUCCUCCAGCUACCAUUCCGACGAACGCACCCCGUCUCACUCGCGGAUGCCAUCACCCAGUACAUCUCCUCCAAAUAUGACCAGCGCCCAGACAUGUUCGCGGAAGAUCUCCUGAUCAUCGACCGGCUACGGUCAGAGGCUAUAAACGUCCAGGAGCCACAUAUCAGCGGGAUUAGUCGGCUAGUCACGUACGCGGCGCAGCUGAAAUGGAUCGGCGGGAAAUUUCCAAUUGAUAUUGGUGUCGAUUUUUCGUGGUAUCCUGCCUUUGGAUUCAAUACGUCGAGACCAGUUUCACAAAAUAAUCUGCGAUUUGAGCUUGCAAAUAUCACCUUCAAUCUCGCCGCAUUGUACUCGCAGCUUGCCUUUUCUCUGAACCGCACCACCUCCGAUGGACUCAAACAGGCCUGCAAUUACUUUUGCCAGGCGGCUGGCGUGCUUGCGCACCUGCGAACCGAUAUUAUACCUGAUCUCCGCUCAUCGCCCCCGGAAGAUAUGGAUGAUGUCACGCUGGAGAGUCUGGAACUGCUGCUCCUUGCGCAGGCGCAGGAAUGUUUUUGGCAGAAAGCCGUCAAGGACGGGCUAAAGGAUGCGUCGAUUGCGAGGCUAGCGGCCAAGGUGUCGGAUUUCUAUGCCGACUCCGGCGACCUGGCGGUUAAGUCGAAUGCGAUCAGCACCGACUGGAUUCACCACAUGACGGCGAAGCACCACCAUUUUGCCGCCGCGGCACAGUACCGCCAGUCCCUUGACUGCCUGGAGAAGCGCAAGUACGGAGAGGAGGUUGCACGGCUGCGAGACAGUCUCCUCUGUAUAAAUGAGGCGUUGAAAGAGGCGCGCUGGAUCAACCGCACGGUACUGGGUGACCUCAACGGUCUCAAAAGCCGCGUGACGGAGGACCUGAAGCGAGCCGAAAAGGACAACGACGUCAUUUAUCUCAACCCGAUUCCGCCCAAGUCAGAGCUCAAGACCAUCGAACGGGCAAGUAUGGUGGCUGCCAAAGCCACAUCCCAGGUGACCGACGCGAUCUCGAUGCUCGGAGACAACGGCCCGCUCGGGCAACCUUUGUUCUCCAAGCUGGUGCCCUAUGCAGUACACAUUGCCGCAAGCAUCUACUCUGACCGAAGGGAUCGACUGAUCAACGACACAAUCAUUGGGGGCCUGGAGACCAUGACAGAUAAGCUAAGAGAUUUGCUAUCUUCCCUCAAUCUCCCCGGAUCUCUGCAAGCGCUGGAAAAGCCUCUGGGCCUGCCGCCGACUCUAGUCUCACAUGCCGAGGAGAUGCGACAGCAGGACGGACAGUACCGCCUGCGCCGGUCUCUUGAGGACACAGCAAAGAUCAAAGCCAACGACAAGGCUGUGUACCAGGAAGGCGUUGAGAUUCUGGCAGCCGAAAAGGCGGAGGACGAUGCGGCCCGUCGUAAAUACGGCACCGAGCGGUGGUCGAGAGAAGCGUCCGAGGUGGCAGGGCUGAAGGUGUACACGACAUCGACCGAGAUCAAUGGCUACUUCACCUCUGCACAGAGCAGCGAUGAGCUGGUGGAGCGCAAGAUGAAGGACUCGGAGGCCGUUUUCCGCGUACUGACGGGAACCAAUCGAGACCUCGAGGCGUAUGUGCCCAGCAGCCGCCGGGCGGCGAUCACGCCCGAGGCGGAGCGCGAAUCAAUCAGGCUGCGCAGCUGUUUGAACGAUGUGAGUCGAUUGGAGAACCGCCGGAAACGACGGAUCCAGACGGUCAAGGACAAGGGGAGGUCGGACGACAUCAACCCUGUGCUCCUAAAAGAAGCGGCUCGACUGGAACGCGAGUUCCCCAUGCAGCCUAUCCAGGCGAGCCAGUUUGAAGAACUGUUUGAACAGCACCUGCGGCUGUACGACGCGGACGUGGAGAUGGUGGAUCAAGAGCAGCACGAGCAGGAGCAGCUCGCCGCGCAGGUGCGCGAGGCGAACCGCGCCUUCACCAAGGCGCACAAGGGGGAUGCGUCGAUGCGGGAGCGAGAGAAGGCCCUGCAGGAGCUAGAGACCGGGUACCUGAAGUACAAGGAGAUCAUCUCCAACCUGGAGGUCGGGCGCAAGUUCUACAACGACCUGGCCAAGAUUGUCGCCCGCUUCCGCGACGACAGCAAGGCGUUUGUCCACCAGCGGCGCAUGGAAGCCAGCCAACUAGAAGCAGAUAUAUCGAACAUCACCGCCAUGGCCUCGCUCAACAUCUCUCGUCCACCGCAGCAUCAACCGCCUCCACAAGCUCAAGCUCCCUACGCCGCACCACUGCAAGCCCAAGUCCGUCCAUCUGCACCGCCUACCAGUGCGAACCCGCUGACAGCACCGCAGCCGACGCGGACGGGGCCUACGCCAGGAAUGUGGACUCCCGACAUGGGGAUCCGGUUUGGCAAGUAAGACAUAUAUAUAGAAGAAUAAACCAAUCAUCAUUCCAGGCGUGUUGGUUGUUAUUGGGAUAUGUUCAAAACAUGCAUGGCCUUCUCCCUCGUUUCAACCUCCAGAUCCUCCCUUGUAGAGAAGACAGUGAAGCACACCCUCCACUUCUCCCAUAGAUCUAUAUCUCUAGCCACCAUUCUAGAGGACAAGACACG